AUGGCUAAACAGCAACCCCUCGUGCUUGGGCUGACGCUCAUUGCUUUCUGGGCCUUCCUAUGCAAUGGUCUCGAUCUCUAUCGCGCAGAUUCGAGACCCUACGCUACCAUCCAGGCAUCCAAGGGCUUUUUGCCCAAGGGCCAAUCCACCUUUGGCGUCGCCGCGCCAGACACCAGCCUGUGGAACCACGUCAACGGAGCCAGCACCGGCUUCAGCAAGGACGAGGACGGCUACGUCUCCACGACCUCGGACCGCAACCUGGCCGAGACCUGGGUCAACCGCUUCCUGGGCGGUAACGGCUUCGUCUACCGCAUCCACUCGGCCCCCAACAUGAUUGACUGCCAGGGCACCCUCCAAAAGUACAACCCGUACCCGCAAGAGGCCGAGUUCGCCGCCCUCGGCGGCAUCAAGGACAACCAGAUCAUCGGCUGGACCCCUGUCCGCGGCGGCGUCAAGGGCAAGGAGGAGCUGAACCCCUUUUACCAGGGCAACAUUUACAGCAAUAUGGGCACCGGCGGAUCGCAGUACAAGCUCGCCGCCUUCCCUCCCAACCACCCCGCCUGGGGUGAAGCCCCUUGGUCGCAGUUCUCCUCUUGCACGCGCAGACGUUCCGCUAGAGACCUCUUCCAGAUCGAGAAGCGGGCUUGCUCUGCUUCCAAGAGCAACGUGGACUAUGCCAAGGAGUACCUCGAGUACGUCGAGGCCAUCUGCCCUGGUUGCCAGUAG